CAGUCAAGUAAAAUGGGUCGCACAUCGACCUCAUUGUAAAACCGCAGCCCAAGUGCUAGGCCUAUGUAAGUUGGAUCAUAGUUGGAUACAAGUUUUUCACCUCCAUAAUUUAACAGCUAAAUAGGUACACAUCGUUGUAUCCCAAAGCCGAAAAGGGAAGAACCUCUGCAGUCCAUAGUACCUAUUGUAACGGAAAACCUCACCAGGAAAAUGAACGCUGUUGUCAUCGAGAAAUAUGGUGGGCCCGAGGUUCUACAGUUCAGCUCCGACGUGGAAGUGCCGACGCCCGAUGCGAAUCAGGUUUUGGUAAGGAUGAAAGCUGCUGGGAUCAAUUCUGCCGACUCCAGGAUCAGAGAGGGCAACUACCUUCAAAAGAUGUUCAAACCUGGAGAAAUAUUAGGAGUCGACGGCGCCGGCAUCGUAGAAACAGUGGGCGAUGGAGUAACAAACUUUAAGCCUGGUGACAGAGUCUAUUUACUGCUGGGCAAAACUGGAACCUAUGCUCAGUACGUUCUGGCGAACGAAAAUAAUGUUUACCUGCUGCACGAUAAACUAAGCUUCAAAGAAGGCGCUGUGAUGGCAGUUCCUUACUUCACUGCCUAUCGAGCACUGGUCCAAAGAGCCAAGCUUGAAAAGGGAGAAACUGUCUUAAUCCAAGGAGCCAGUGGUCAGGUGGGUCUGGCAUGCCUCCAGAUUGCCCGCUGGUUGGGGGCUGGUUACAUCGUGGGUACGGCGGGGACGCCCGAAGGGCGAAAUCUUGCCCUGAAGAUGAGGGCAGAUGCUGCCAUUGACUACCGUGCGGAAGACUUCCAGGAUAAGUUGAAGGAGGCAUUUUCGGACAAGGAUAUCGAUGUCAUCAUUGAGAUGAACAGUGACAUCAAUUUGGAGCUGGAUAUAGAAGUCAUUGGACACGGUGGUCGUAUCGUGGUUGUUGGCAAGAGAGGGGAAACAACGUGUAACCCUGGAAAACUAAUCACUACGGAAGCAUCGGUAAUGGGAAGUGGUCUCAAACAAUCCACAGAGUCCCAGCGAAUUGCCAUAGCAACGGCUCUUUACGAGGCAGCUGGAGAGGGCUGGGUGCGUCCACACGUUAACAAGGAGUACACUCUUGACGAAGCCGAAAAGGCACACACGGAGAUGGAGAGUCGGAGGGGUGGAGUCGGAAAGAGCAUCUUCAUCUUGUAACAAGUUACUAGCAGCAAAUCUGAAGUUGUCAAAUCUUGAUACUAAGCUGAAAUACUUCAUAGGCUUACUGGUGGCUUAGUUUUGAGCCAUUAACAAUGCUUGAAAUAAGACUAAUGACAGGCUUUUCGUCGACACGUGUACUAUGCUUACUCAGGAUGCAGAAAUGCAAAAUUGUGUGAUGAAGACAGCAUAGGGGUUAGAGAUGGUAUUUGGGCUGGAGAUCCCGCAUCUAUUGGAAAUUACGUCUUUCUGGUUUCCAUUUGAA